UCGGCCCCUGCGCUCGGGCGCGGAGCGGCGGGGGCACGGCGGCGGGCGGGCGUGCGGGAUGUGGCGGGGGCUGGCAGUGCUGGCCCUGGCUGGGCUGCUGGUGCUGGGGCGGGCGCCGGCCGGGCGGUCGGCGGCCUGCGAGCCGGUGCGCAUCCCGCUGUGCAAGCCGCUGCCCUGGAACAUGACCAAGAUGCCGAACCACCUGCACCACAGCACGCAGGCCAACGCCGUGCUGGCCAUGGAGCAGUUCGAGGGGCUGCUGGGUACCAACUGCAGCCCCGACCUCCUCUUCUUCCUCUGCGCCAUGUACGCGCCCAUCUGCACCAUCGACUUCCAACACGAGCCCAUCAAGCCCUGCAAGUCCGUCUGCGAGCGCGCCCGCGCCGGUUGCGAGCCCGUGCUCAUCCGCUACCGCCAUGCCUGGCCCGAGAGCCUGGCCUGCGACGAGCUGCCGCUCUACGACCGCGGCGUCUGCAUCUCCCCCGAGGCCAUCGUCACCGCCGAGGGCGCCGAUUUCCCUAUGGAUUCUAAUAACGGCAACUGCAGAGGCGCCGCCAUCGAGCGCUGCAAAUGCAAGCCUAUAAAAGCUACCCAGAAGACCUAUCUGCGCAACAAUUACAACUAUGUCAUUCGGGCUAAAGUGAAGGAGGUGAAGACUAAAUGUCACGAUGUCACUGCAGUAGUGGAAGUAAAAGAGAUCCUAAAAUCUUCCCUGGUGAACAUCCCAAAGGAAACCGUAAACCUUCACACAAACUCUGGCUGCCUGUGCCCACCACUCAGUGCCAAUGAAGAAUACAUCAUUAUGGGCUAUGAAGAUGAGGAGCGCUCCAGGUUACUCUUGGUGGAAGGUUCCAUAGCUGAGAAAUGGAAGGAUCGUUUGGGUAAAAAAGUAAAGCGCUGGGACCAGAAACUCCGCCACCUUGGGAAGGGGAAGGGAGAGCCUAGACACGGCGACUCAGCUCCCAAGCCCGGCAAGACCAGCAGCUCCCGGCACACACCUAGUUAGGUGCAGGGUGCCAUGCCUGGACAUGCAGUGGACUCUCUACCAAGACUUCAUCAUUGGAGCAGCAAAGGAGAAAUUGCACUAUUGCACGUUAUAUUCUAUUGUUUACUACAAAAUAAUGUUUUAGCUUAUAUUAGUUUUUAUCUCCCUCUUGUUUUCUGCCUUUUGUGUUUGUUUGUUUUCAGAUAUGUGCAAGCUCUGGAAAUACUUUUUUUUUCCCUGUUACUAAGAACUGUAGAAAACUGCCCUUAUGAGAUGAGGAAAGAUAAGGACAUGGUGAAUUUACCAAUCUGUCUCCUGAAUCUUCUUAGGAAGAAAAUUCCCAUACAAGCAGGAAUAAGAUCUGACAUAGACCAUCACUUGAAGUUGUGACUCACACUGGCUUCUCCCAUUUUGCUCUUUCUUAGUCAUUGUUUGCUGAAACUUAGUGUUUCUGGAGGAAGUUGUUACCUGUUUUAAGUGCUUAGUUUUUUUUUUCUGAUCUCUAAUUCUGAGAUAUAGAAAGAAAUUAUGUUGAGAGCUGUUUUAAUCAGGACACCUUUGUUAGGUUUUCUCAUAAAUAAACCACUUGUGUAAAUCAAAGUCUACCUUUAAAAUACUUCCUGCGACAAACAUGGUGUGUCUGUACACAGGUGACCUCGCAGGAAGGGUUAUAUAGUUCUGUUACCACAGGGUGUAAUCUAUAAUAUACUUCUCUUAUAAUGGCAGUUUUUUCCUUUUUUCUUUCUUUUCCCUGCUGAGUUGUAGGAUUAGACUGACUUACCAGGCCUGCUUCUCAGUACAGGUCUGCACUUUAUCCUUUUGAUUUUGUGGUAUUAUUCUUACAUCUGUGCCUACAUAAACAAGGGUUUGAUGCUCAAAUACGUCCAAUAAAAGAAUUGUAGUUGCCAA